UUGAGUAGUAAAGCAAAGUGGAGGCAACGACUAAACGCUCACAGUGUGGACAACACUCUGUACCCCGGUGCAUCAUGAGUAGAUCUGCAGUCUUGAUUCUGGUCAUCCUCAGUGGAUCCUCUGCUGUGUUUACAGACAAUGAGGGAGCCUAUUUCCAAGAAAAUGGGGUUGCAACAGAUGCAUCUCAGAAGGCAGGAGGCUACAUGUCAAUCCUCUGCUCACCACUACCUGGCUCCUCUAGCUCGUCGGUUCAUACCCUCACACCUGCUGACAUCACAGCUCUUUACACGCUGGGAAUGCCUCGCUCCCACAGGGAUGAAGCAUCCAGAGUUGUCAGCAGACUUGCAGAGUUGCUGUCCAUGUUUAACCCUGAGGUUAUUACUCAGCAUGUGGAUCAGACCUCAUUGCAGACCAGGAGCUUGUUAGAGGAAGCUAAUGGCCUUUCUGUCUACCUUUCAAAUCAAGUCACCGACUGGAAGAUGGUUCUGUUGUUUCUCCAGGCAGAUUUAAUGUGUCCCUGUUCCCCACAUAUUGCUGCAGACAUCAAAACUUCAGUGCUGGAAGUGGAAGCAGCUCUGAAGAUUCUGCAGGAAAAACUGCAUCGCACUUUAGUUCAUGUGGUGGUCUGGAGUGGAAAUAACCAAAAAGAUGAUAGCAGAUGUCAAUGUAUGAGAAAAGAAGUAAUAAACCAGAGACUACUAAAAGCGACUCAUCUCAAAGAGCUACAGGACUCUGUGAGUCAUGUUUUGAAAAAUCCAACAUGGCACAGUAAAAAUGGAGACUUCACUGUGGUCUUGCAGUCGUCCCCAAUUAUCCUGGAGCUGAAAUCUGACUCGGAAAGCGAUGAAGAUGUGCUUAAUGAUUUAGCUAUUCAGCUAUGGACAAAUCUGCUUCAGCCAUCAGCAGGCUACGCAGAGACCCCAGACAGAGGCCUGAUCACUAUUCCCUGUCCCACAAAGGAGCAGCCCUUUCUUCGAACACAGAUAAACUCCCCUGCUGAUGUAGAGCUCAAAGCUUCUGGCAUAACAAAUCCAAUUAUGGGUACUGAGGUCCCCUGCACAAACCGCAGCCCCUCUCCUAUCAUACCAACAUCAGUUCAUGAGGUCAGACCUGGAGAUAUUAAGGUGGUCGGUGCUGUAGGUGACUCUCUAACAGCAGCAAAUGGUGUGGGCGCAAAGGCAGACAACCUUCUAUUAGUGGCGAAUCAGUACAGAGGCUUGUCUUGGAGCAUUGGUGGUGAUGAAAACAUAACAACUGUGACCACUCUGCCAAACAUCCUGAGGGAGUUUAACCCCUCCCUGGUUGGAUACUCCAAGGGAGUGGGUGGAGAGGACAGUCCAGGAGCCUAUCUGAAUCAGGCUGUGGCAGGAGCCAAGAGUGGUGACUUGGUGGGGCAGGUCCGCGCUCUAGUGGACAAAAUGAAAAAUGACUCGAAUAUUGACUUCCAAAGCGACUGGAAAUUGAUCACGGUGUUUAUCGGUGGCAAUGACAUAUGUGACUUCUGCCUGGACAGCGUCCUCUUCUCACCCAGGAACGUGGUCAAUCGAAUCAAACAAGCUCUGGAUAUACUCCACAGAGAAGUUCCUCGAGCCAUUGUCAAUCUGAUUGAGCUUUUAAAUAUCAUACCUCUGCGUGAAUUACAUAAAGACAAAUCUUUAGGGUGUCCCACCUGGUUUGUGAACUUAGUUUGUCCCUGCGUGCUGAAGGCCCAAGAAGGAACAGUUGAACUCCAAAGACUCAGUGACUUCAACAGAGCGUAUCAGCGAGCCAUGAGAGAGCUGAUUGAUUCUGGGUGGUAUGACACACAUGAUAACUUCACAGUGGUGCUUCAGCCCUUCUUCAGGGAAGUUUUCCUUCCUGUUUCAGAAGAUGGCAAACCGGAUCGCUCGUACUUCUCACCUGACUGCUUUCACCUCAGCCAGAAAGCUCACACACUCAUGGCUCGAGCCCUUUGGAACAACAUGUUGGAGCCAGUUGGGAACAAAACCUUCACACAAGACUUCACAGCUGGCAUUGAUCUGAAGUGUCCCUCAGAGAUGAACCCAUUCUUCAAAACAGCAGCCAAUAGCGACUACAUCUUUCCAGGCCCUCCGCCCACUCCAGCUCCAGUUACAAACUGGGGUAGUGAAUUCUCCUGUGUUAACACAGCUCCAUCCAAUUCUGUGCCCACGUCAGCUCACAGAGUACGGCCAGCAGACAUCAAGGUUGUGGGUGCUCUUGGAGACUCUUUGACGGCCGCCUUUGGAGCAAGGGCAAAAAAUCUGCUGGAGCUAAGGACCGAGUACCGAGGGGUUUCAUGGAGCAUUGGAGGCGAUGACAAUCUUGAGAGGGUCACAACUCUACCUAAUAUUCUCAAAAAGUACAAUCCUCACCUUAAAGGAAUGUCAAAGGGGCUAGGAAAAAAGCAGACUGGCUUUAACAUGGCUGUGUCCGGAGCAAAAGCAUGGGGGAUCCCAGAUCAGACCCGCAGUCUUAUUGAUGCCAUGAAAAAUAAUUCUACAGUGGAUUUUCAGAAUGACUGGAAGCUUGUGACCCUCUUCAUCGGAGGCAAUGACCUGUGUCAGAACUGCAAUGACCGGGCCACUUUUUCACCUCAGAACUACAGCAAUCAUCUCAUGACAAGCUUAGACCUUCUGUACAAAGAGGUUCCUAGAAUAAUUGUCAAUGUCUUGGAGAUCCUGGAAAUUGAAGGCCUUCGCAGAGUCAAAAGGGACAGUCUCGGGUGCAACCUGCUUCAAGAUUUUGUCUGCUCCUGCUUCCUGAUGCCUGGAGAAGAUUCACCGGAGCUGGCUGAAAUGAAACGGAUCAAUCGAGAAUUUCAGAUUGAGACAGAAAACCUGGUGUACGGAGGGCGCUAUGAUGGCAGAGAGGACUUUGCUGUUGUUGUCCAGCCUUUUUUCAGAAACACCAUUGUUCCUUUAAAUGCUGAUGGCAGACCUGAUGAUGCCUACUUCUCUGAGGACUGUUUCCACUUCAGUGAACGAGGACAUGCUGGCAUGGCUGCUGCUCUGUGGAAUAACAUGUUGGAGCCAGUGGGUAAAAAGCAGACAUACAACGAUUUCACAAAUUACCAGAAGUCUAUCAAGUGCCCAACUGAGGAGCAUCCUUACAUCUUCACUAAGAUGAACAGUUUCCCUAGUGUGGCCACAACCACAGCACCCACAACACAGAGCACAGCCCAGCCUUUCACCUCAGACUGCUCAGGCAGUGUGCCAGCAUGGGCCGCUGCUCUGCUGGCUGUUGGUGGUAUCGUGAUUGGCUGGGGCAUCACCUGGCUCCUCCUUUCCUGCAGAGCGAGACGAAGCAAGAGAAAGAUGACAGCUGGCGAGGAGAUAAAGGACACAAUGUUUUAAAGUGCAGCUCAUGGCGCUAUGGACAAUCUGUGGACAAACUGAGGAUUCAUAAAAGAAGCACUAAAGCAACCAAAUAUGAUCCAUGGCAUUUAGUUGUGUGUAGACUAUGGAAAUAAUAAGGCAAAUUAUUGUACAGAUGUCAAUUAUGACUAAAAAGUUAAUACAACAAGCUACAAAUAAUUAACUACUGUAUAUUCAACGGAAAUGGAAAACAUUAGACUGUUUUCUGAAAUAACAGAGAGCUGAAUGAAAACUCAAAAAGUGAACUGCUGAAAAUGUUAAAAAUGUUGGUGUGGAAUUAUUUCCUUAGCCAUGUAGAUGUGGCAUUAAUUGGUAAGGCAUGUUUAAAUGUUGUAGCUGGUCUAAAAACGAAGACUAUAAUGAUAGUUAACAUCACAGAUGACUACACAUAAGUACAUUUUCUGUUCAAAGACCUGCUGAAAGGAAAACAACUUGUGUAUUCAAUUCAAUUUAAAUUAAGGUAAAUUUAUUUCAGUUUAGUAUAAUGGAGUUAAAAGUCAUCACAGAGUAAAAUACACAACAGUUGUAGAUACAUAGGGCAGGUUGUUUGGAGAAAUCAUUCUUUUCCCAUUUCUAUAUUGAAUUUAAUAUUCUACAUUUGGGUCUUACCAAAAACUAAAAAUGGUUUAUGGGAGUGGAUGGUCAUGAAUAAAUACUUUGCAGUAAUGGUUACAGUAAUAUUGUGUAAGUCCUUGGUCUAGACCUAAUAUGACAUAACCAGCUUCUCUAGGAAAUUAUUGGGAUGCAGAAUGUCACCAUAACAAAGAUAACACAAACGGCUCCUGCCUUCAGCCAUAUUAUUUAUCAAUGUUAAUAGUGAUAAUGCUGAUAACAACUAACAAGAUGAUGUUUUAUGACCAUGUUAAAUUGAUGAAAGCAGCCGACAGCUCCUGCAAACAAUGUCACAAACUGAAAGGAGUCUAAAGCACAUUUCCCCCUUUCUUUUUUCUUUUCUUUUUUUU